AUGCGCCUGCAUGCCAUUGUUUGGCUGAUUUCGUGUGCUGCUCUGUUCGCACUGCAGUUUAAUCGACCAGUGUUAAUAAGUAGGUCGUCCCAAAUCUCAACAGCUUCCCAACAGCAAAAUAUUAACCAAGGAAUAGCAUGUCCAGUCUGUGCCGGGCUGAAGAUUCGCAUUUCGUUGGUUGACAAUGUGAAAGGAAAUUGCCCUACUUGUAAAAUAAAAAAAUUUAUGAUGGAUAAGCUGGAUAAUAAAGUUUUUGAACAAGAGCAUCAAACACAAGUACACCCAAUUUCUGUAAUAGAGGUUAAUUCUGAACAUAAUUUGCCAAAAUGUGAAAAAAAAUCUUCCAGUUUGUUAAAUAAACUUUUCAAAAAAGAACAACAACCAACAACUGUUACAUCUCUCGAAGUUACUACAGCUAAAGUCGGGGUAACAAAAAGCAACAGCAUUAACUGCAAAACAGACGGUGAAGAUGCUGAUAACACAACAUACAACUUACGAGAUUUAUGCGUAAAAUGUAAUUUGAAUCCAGCUCAACUGUCAAUAGCUAAUUCCAAAGAAAUGAAGUGUGAGCGACUCUGUAAUGGUUGUCACACGUUAAUGCAACAACCCACAAACAAAAUGACUUGCAAACAAUCUCUAGCCACACCAGACUACGACAACAAUCCAGCCCCUUUAUUGGCUAUUGAUAGGAAAACAGUUAUAAAAGUUCAAGACCCUAACAACAAAUUCGUAAUUGAACCAAAUGCGAAUAGUUUAAAUUUAGUAAACAGCGAUAUUUUGCUGGCAGAUAACCAUUUGCCAAUAGAAAACAAAAAACCGAAUAACACAGACCACAUUCUUGUAGAUAACCAAGUACAUACAAAUGUCAUCAAUGUCACAUUACCACAAUCAUCUCAAUUAAUUCGACAGAGUGUCAAUCAGUCAGAAGCGGAUAAUAAAGCAGAGAACGAACAAUGUCUAACAGACGGUUCACCAGUCACUGUGCUCACGCUGCAGAAUCAGCGUGUGGCUGUUAUAAAAGCUACAGCAAGUGCAAUAAAUCCAACCAUAACGUCAAUGCCAUCAGUUACAAUAAUCGAAGAAAGAACAGAUGACAUUUUUGAAACAACACCCGACGAUGAAUCAGUUAUGAUGCAAGAAGAUUUUUCAGACGACGGAGACGACUCUAGUUUAAUGAGCAGACCUGCUGCAUUCAAUCCAAAUUAUAGAAGUAAUAAUAAUACUCUGAGAAGCAAUAACAGCAGCACAAUAAAAAGUAAUUCUUCUUUAAAAUCUAUGCCAAGUGAACUAGCAAUUUCAUUAAACGCUGCAACACAUUUCCAAUCAAAAGCUGAAGAAAUUAUGUACCAGAAUAAUCAGCAGCUACUUGAACAGCAUCAACAGGAGUUGAGAAAUCCAUCAUUGAAAACUGACGAUGGCGGUUGCAACAAAGACGCUAUGCCAAUAUUGUCUUACUCCACCCCUCCACCAAGAUACGAAGAUGUGGUAAAAGAAAGCCCGUUAUUUAAUGAUCCACCUGUUCGCGAUGAACCUCGAACGGCAGCAUCAAACGCAGCUUUGUCAUCAGAUCCAUUGUUAUUCACUCUUCAAUAUUUGAAACAUUUCGGCAAAUACUCUGAGCUGAGCACUCAACCAGGUGGGCUGAAUAAACCGAGUGCCAUGAAGCUUUCUCAUCAAUGUUAUCUUCACAGUCAUACCAAUCCGCAAGAAGUUGUUGUUGUUACCAAUCCAACACUUUCUAACAUUCAAGUCUUCAACAUGACUGGGGAAUGUUUAGCUAUUGUGAAAGUCAACAACGUAUUUUGCGGUUGCUCGCUUGGCAAUCAAUUACUGGCUGUAGCCACAAACAACAAACUCUCCGUUUUUAAUUACGACGGCGAAGAGAAGGCUUACACUGCUUUUACCAAAUUAGAUGGUCAGUCGAUUAAAUGCAUGACGUCACUGAAGAACAGCGAACUGUUUGUAAUAUUAGCUUUCAGUGGUUUGGUAUCGCUUUAUGACUGCCGGUUUUCUGGCAUCGUCCUCAUUAAAACGUUCAGCACAGUCGAUGGGCACAAGAAAUUGUUUGGAAACAUUGUCGACGUUGCUACCACUUGCAAAGACGAUUUGGUGGUGUUGGACGCGGGAAGCUCAUCGUCUUCAUCUGGCUCCUCUUCCUCGAUCUACGUCAUCAACAUGGCAACCAACCAGUUGAAGAGCGCCAUCUACCCAAAGCACGAACUGUGCGGCAGACUCAACAAUCCGAGCAGCGUCAGCGUGGAUGCUCACAAUCGCAUCAUAGUCAGUGACACAGGAAACAAACGACUUUUGAUUUUUUAUGCCGCUGGCACCAAAUCAACCAACGUCCAUGAAAAUGGACCAAAAAGUAAUAAGAAUGAAAAUAACAAUAAAAGUAUUAAAAGUAUUCAAGUAAAAACAUUAAUUGGAUUGAGACUAUCCGAAAGGGAUGUGCCCAAAUUCAUGGACAUAACGAAAGGCGGGCUGUUGUUUGUUCUUGUCGAAAAGGAUGGCAACGACAAACUGUCCAGGAUUAACGUUUACUCUGUUCAGUGAGAAGACUGCAUGUAGUGACUGCAUGUAGUGAAUUACAAAAUAUUUUUAAGAACGUUUUAAAUUGCUUGAUGUUUUUCGGAACAAUUUAAUGAUGACUAGGGUCGCAACAAAUACAUACAUAUGAAUUCAUGAAUAAAAACAUUUUUUUUAUUUUCCUGAUUUAUAUCUCAUUAACAAUAUUUAAUUAAAUAAUAGUAUUUUUGAACAGUCUAUCAGUAAUAUUCCAAUUUAGGUAGUAUUUAAUCAAUUAGUAUUUUAGAGCUGAUAUAUUUUAAUGCUAUUAAUGAAUUUCCUUAUGACGUUUGACAGAUGUAAUAAUUAUAAUUAUCUUCAUUCAUUUCCAAUGAAACCAUGUAAUCAGAUGAAUAAACUUGUUAUACAAA